AACAUAAAUACCUAUCCACUCCCUCUCUCACUCUACACAAAACAAAAAACCAUAACAAAAAAACAGAGCAUACUCUGUUUUCCUCUGUUUUUUCUACUUAAAAAUCUCUUUCUCCUCAUGACUAAAGAAGUCGAGGCCGUUCACGAGCAGGCGGCGGAGUACUCCGCAAAGGAUUAUACUGAUCCUCCGCCUGCUCCUCUGAUCGAUUUCGAGGAAUUGACCAAAUGGUCUCUAUACAGAGCAGCAAUAGCGGAGUUUAUUGCUACUCUGUUAUUUCUUUAUAUCACUGUUCUUACUGUAAUUGGAUACAAACACCAAGCCGAUGUUAACGCCGGAGGCGAUGUCUGCGGUGGCGUUGGUCUUCUUGGUAUUGCUUGGGCUUUUGGUGGCAUGAUUUUCGUUCUUGUUUACUGUACUGCUGGUAUUUCUGGUGGACACAUCAACCCUGCUGUGACAUUUGGGUUAUUUUUGGCAAGGAAAGUAUCAUUGAUUAGGGCAGUAUUGUACAUGGUAGCACAAUGUUUGGGUGCAAUUUGUGGUGUAGGUUUUGUGAAGGCAUUCCAAAGUGCAUACUACAAUAGAUAUGGUGGUGGUGUUAAUGUUAUGGCAGCAGGACACACCAAGGGUGUUGGUUUGGCUGCUGAAAUUAUUGGUACUUUUGUUUUGGUUUAUGUUGUCUUCUCUGCCACUGACCCCAAAAGAAGCGCCAGAGACUCUCAUGUUCCUGUCUUGGCCCCACUUCCCAUUGGAUUCGCCGUAUUCAUGGUUCACCUUGCCACUAUUCCGAUCACCGGUACCGGAAUCAACCCGGCAAGGAGUUUCGGGGCGGCCGUGAUUUUCAACGGCGACAAGGCGUGGGACGAACAUUGGAUUUUCUGGGUCGGACCAUUCAUUGGAGCUUUCAUCGCCGCUGUCUACCACCAAUACAUUCUCCGAGCUGGAGCAAUUAAAGCUCUUGGUUCAUUCAGAAGCAAUGCUUGAUAAAAGAUGGAACAAUUUGAUGGAUUUGAGAAAUUUGUAGAUAAAAUGUUUGUUAUGUCACAUCUAUCGCGAAAUGUUAUGUGCAUCGAGCUGACAUCCUUACGUUCUUUAAAAAGUUUGUUAUUCCAAAUGGGGAAAAAGGAUGGGACUAUUCUAUCGUUUUGAUUUAUUUUUUGUUUUGUUUGCUUUGAAUGUAUUUAAGUUAAAUCUAUUUGUAAUGUUUGGUUUUA